AUGGCUAAUGGAGGAAGUCUAGCUUUGCUUAGCAUGAUGGCUGAUGGAUACAAUUACAUAGUUGCCGUGCUUGACUGGUUGGGCUGUUGCACCACCACCAUAGAAAGGCUUACUACUGCAUGUUCUUCGUUAUCAUCAUGGUCUUCUUCUUCUACUUCUGCACACCAUACCUGCCUUGAGGACCAAAAACAUUUUGCACCUUCAAACCUACGAAAGCUCAACUUACGGGCUAACAUCAAACUCACAGAUAAACUUCCAAACUUCAAUGUGACUAGUUCUCUUCAGUUUCCUGAUCUUUCUUGGACAAGUUUUUCUAGUCAACUGCCUGAUUCAUUCAGCAAUCUUAAAGCCUUGAAUAUUGGGCUUUUAAUGCUAACUUCUCUCCAUUUGAGUCGUAACUCACUCAUUGGGACAAUACCAUCUUUGUUGUUUGCUCUACCUUUACUGAUUAAUAUAGAUUUGAGUGACAAUAAGCUAGAGGGACCAAUUCCAGGAUCAUUUUAUGAACUCCAGAACCUAACAGACUUGGUGCUUUCAUCAAAUAACUUAAGUGGUGUAGUGGAUCUAGAUAUGCUUCUAAAGCUUAAAAAUCAGAUCUCUCUUGAUCUCUCAUUGAGCAUCAACAACAGUGUCAACUCUACCUUGACCAACUUUGACACUAUAGGAUUAGCUUCUUGCAACUUGAGUGAAUUCCCAAACUUCUUGAGAGAGCAAGCUGGAUAG